AUGGAAUGGGUCAAACAGCGCAAGCUGCCACCCUGCGAGGCUAUUCACAAUGGCAACCAGCCUUGUCAUGAUAUGGACAACCUUUGGGACACCCUUCACGGCACGUACAAUUCGGCCUCAGGCUGCGAGUACAAUGCCUCAGUCUUAGACGAGCUUCCUGAUGAGCCAGUCCGUGAGUGGGCUGACUUCUCGGAGCAUGAGUUGUUGAGUGCCCUUAAGGGGUGCUCCAACUCCUCUGCACCAGGACCGGACCAUAUCACAUGGGUCCACCUAAAGGAGUUGCUCAAGGAUAAACAUGUCCUUGCGCUCUUCAUUGUGUUGGCCAACGCUUGCCUUCGGGUGGGGCAUUGGCUGCAUAUAUUCAAGGAGUCACUAUUGGUUAUCGUUCCGAAGCCAAAUAAGCCCUCCUAUGCAGUCCCUAAGGCUUUCAGGCCUAUUGUACUCCUCAUCACUUUUGGUAAGCUUAUCGAAAAGAUGAUUGCAAACAGGAUACAGUUUGACGCUGUCAAACAUGAUAUCUUUCAUCCAAACCAGCUUGGCGGCAUUUGCCAGAGGUCAACUGAGGAUGCUGGAUUGAUUCUGACUCAUCUCGUGUGUGCGGGGUGGGUUAAGGGUCUCCAGACUAGUGCGCUGGCUUUCGACAUCAUGCAGUUCUUCCCUUCUAUCAACCAUGAAAUGUUCAUGGCUGUUCCAUUUGGUCACUCUACAGUUUACUGUUGGAACACCUUCCAGUCUGACUCGCGCUCUGUGGACGUGGGUGUCAGGCAGGGCUCAGCUCUCUCACCUGUUAUCUCAGGGCUUUUCAUUGCUCCAGUGAUGAAGCUCUUCUACAUCAAGGCAGCGCUGCUCAACACGAUGCUACUCUCCUUUGUGGACGAUGGGACCAUUCUGGCCCAAUCCAAACAACUUGAUGAUAAUAAUGUGGGCCUGCGUAAGGCCUACAAAAUUAUCUACCUUCUCUUUGUUGCUUUCAUGCUCGUACUUGAACAUGACAAGACCAAGCUGUUCCACUUCUCGUGUCGACGUGACACCUAUAAUCCUUUGCUGGAUUUGGGCUUUGAGCCCUUUGUGCCCAAAGCUCGCCCCGGUGAUUGGUUACUGGACCGCUAUGCGGACCGUCUCCAUUUUGACAAGUGCGAUCCUACCCAGGAUAGGCGCCCAUAUCUCAAUGAGCUCAUCACGAAAGUGAGGGCUGACCCUUUAACAGUACUGGCUGCAACUGAUGACUCUGUCCCUCAGUCCAACCAGUAUCAGGCGGCCUUGGCUGCCAUCAUCUACAAGGGACAUCGUGAGCUCAAAAGGACUUGUUAUGUCUCUGGCAGAGUUACCGCCCCAGAUGCGGAGCUUAAUGCCAUCUCAUGUGCAGUGCGUCUUGCUGUCAAGCAGGCGAAUUGCCAACAUAUCAUGGUCUUUACUGACUCUAUGGGCUCAGCCCAUAGAGCGGUCGACCCCUCCGUGCACUCUGGUCAGGCUUUCAGUCUGUCAGUCUGUCGCGCUCUCCAAGAGUGGUUCAAGGCAGAUGAUCUCCACCGCAUCACCUUUAUCUACGUUCCAUCUGCAUUGCGGUGGGACAUUCACGGUGAGGCACAUAAGUACGUCACCGAACUUAAAGUCAGGGUUGGACAUUGCAAGACAGACAAUUCUAUAGACGCGCUCUGCUCUCAAGCUGUGCACUCAGUCCUAGAUUCGUGGAGUUCCACUUUCCAGGAUCCAACCUACCAGGGCUCUGAAUUCUUAGAGCUUCAACGGCCUGACGGGCAGCCGAUCCAGCCAUCCUACCUCAAUGGGGGACCUUGGCUCUCAACCUUCGGACACAGUAUCACUGAGUUCGCUCACGUCUGCUGGUGUAUGACUGGCCACAUGCCCAUUGGAGCGUAUUACCGUCGCUUCAAGAUCAAUGAGCCUCACGGCUGCACUUGCAGGGCUGCUUUGCAGUCUCGCCAGCACAUCCUCUUUCACUGCCACAAUAGAUACUCUGUACACUAUCCCUCUUUUCUCGGGGAUAUUGCAUCAUUUUUGAAGUACAACCCUAUGGCGUUUGGCUUCAACCGGGACCCCUCGGGUGUCAGGUAA